UAAAAAAUAUGAAAGAAACAUAAAUGACCUGUGAUUAAACCUUGACACUGACCUCCUUGGGAAUUUUGAGUUCGUUCAUCCAGCAAAAAGUAGCUUCAAAUAAUUAGUUAGGAUCAUGAAAAUGGCGUUUUGAGACAUCAUUUGUCAUUUCAACAGCUGCGUUCAACUUUAUUCUACUUUUAAUUCAACUUGUCAUCGGUUUUUAAAUAUCUUAUUUCGAGGUGCUGACAACGGACUCGGAUUGCCCUGCCUGUUACUACCGACCAGCUGAUCUUUCAGUUAUUAAUUUUUUUGAUUUUUAAAAUUUAAACUUUAAAAGUUUAAAGGCACAAAUUUUGUAAGACCGUCGCACUGAAUCAUGUUCGGCAGAAGCAUCGUGUUCUUUCUCUCAACAAACACGAGAUUUUUAAGAUCCUCACUGUCGUUGAAAACAAGCAAAAACCUCAAUCCAGUUUUUCUUAAUCUCAAUGCCGCACGGUUUUGCACAUCGUCCACCAAAGCGUCCACCGAAACAUCGGCAACAAGUAUCACCACGGUUGAUGAGGACGGCGCCUUGCAAUUCACACCAAACACGUACCGACUGAAAUUAGUGACAUUCAACGACAGCCCCCAGUACACUGAACGGCCCGAUGAUCACAAAUUGAACCACGACAGCCUUCCCGCCAAUCCCAUCGUCGUCGGCUCAGUAAUCAACCGUCCCAACGUGACGCCUGACGAUCCUGUAGUCCAGGAGUACUUGAAUGGGAUCAAAAGUGAAAACAGGAGCUACCUGGCCAGGGCAAUCACAUUGAUUGAAAGUACCCACCCAAUGAAGAGGGCGCAAGGUCAGGUCCUGGUCAGAGAAGUUCUCGAGUAUUGUCGCCGGAAGCAGAAACAUUCAUUGAAUUCUGCCAUGUCUUUUCGAAUUGGUUUGUCAGGGCCUCCAGGGGCAGGUAAAAGUACCCACAUCGAGGCUCUAGGUAAAAUGCUCACCAAGAGAAAUCACAAAGUGGCUGUUCUGGCUGUUGACCCCUCGUCCUCCACUUCUGGAGGUUCUUUGUUGGGUGAUAAAACGAGAAUGCUUCAACUGGCAGUGGACCCAAAUGCCUACAUCAGACCCUCUCCUAACUCAGGAACGUUAGGUGGGGUGACUCGAGUGACUAACGAUGCGAUCGUCCUAUGUGAGGGGGCCGGCUAUGAUAUAAUCAUUGUUGAAACAGUUGGUGUUGGCCAGUCAGAGUUUGCAGUUGCUGAUAUGGUUGAUUUGUUUGAGCUGUUGCUGCCUCCAGCUGGUGGAGAUGAAUUGCAAGGCAUAAAGAAAGGAAUUGUGGAGGUGGCUGACAUGGUGGUGAUCAACAAAUCCGACGGGGACCUCAUCCCUGCAGCUAGAAGAAUUCAAAUGGAAUACGUUAGCGCCAUGAAGUUCAUCAGGCCUAAGACUAAAGUCUGGAAGCCAUGCGUGUUGCGAGUGUCAUCAGUUUCAAAGGAAGGCAUGGAGGAGAUGUGGGCGAAGAUGGAGGAGUACUACAAGGUCAUGUCGUCGUCAGGGGAGCUGGAGAGGCUGCGUCGCAGGCAGCACGUCAGAUGGAUGCACAACCACAUUCACGAUAGUUUGGUAUCCGUCUUCCACGAGAUCCCAAGAGUUAAAGAACUGAUUCCUGACUUGGAGGAGUUAGUUCGGAAGGGAGUUGUUACCCCCGGACAAGCUGCUGAUAAGGUGAUGAGGGAUUUCAUCAGGCAGAUAGAUGAGAACUUGCUGAGGUAUAGAGUACCUACAUCGUCACAGGACGAUGAUACGUCAUCAUCUUCGGAUAGUAGUGACGAUGAUAGGAGCGAGAAAAAAGAUAAGAAGAAAGAUAAGGUCAAACAUGAGUUAGAUAAAUUAGUCGGCAAGAAGAAAGACGCGCCGAGGUUCGGUUACGGCAGAACUGCUAAUUACUGAAAAGUAGAAAUUUCCCUGCAGAUUUUCAUAUAAUUAUAUAAUUUUAUUUUUAUUUUUUCUCAUUUUAUUUCAAAAUAAAGUUAUUCUUUGUAAAUGUUAUUUUUUUUUAGUAUUGAUAGGUGAAGUUUAUUUCGUACUUAACAAAAAAUAAUAGUUCCACAAACUGCAACAUCAAUCAUGAUUUGCUUUGAAUUGUAUGAUAAGUGUAAUUUAAUGUAACAUGUUGAUUCUAAUUCUUGCAUAGUUCAUUAAACAUUAUUUUUUGAUUUUUCAAACGUUUUUCGACGGUCCGGUUUAAAAAAUAAAAUUUAUUUCAUCCUGA